GGGGGGGACGGGGAAAUGGCUACUCAGGUGGAGGCGCUCCUGCCCGGCCACCCCCUCCUGCCGGCCGAGGAGCACGGCGGCCUGGUGAUGAAGAAGCCGCCGCCGCCGCCGCCGCCGCCUCCUCCUCCCUCGGAGGGCUCGCCCGGGGGGGACCCCGACGGCCAGGACGGGGCCCGGCCGGCCAGGCCGCCCAGCGUCAAGCAGCAGAAGGAGGACAGCAACCACCAGGAGAAGGAGAACCUCCUCCUCCUCCAGCAGACGCCCAAGGGGGAUGGAGGCAGCGGCGGCGACGAGGGCGGGGAGCCCGGAGCCGGGGGGCGUCGAGACUUCGUCGAGGCGCCCCCUCCCAAGGUGAAUCCGUGGACUAAAAACGCCGCCCCGCUCACCGUCAACGGACAGUCCCCUCCAGAUGACUGCCAAAACUGGGAGGAGGAAAAAAAGACUGCAAACUUCUGUGAACCUUCCCCCGGUGCUGGGAGCCCCCAUGCUGCUGAGCUUGCUACUCCCGCCAAAGUUGUGAGGGCGGCAAACCCCAGGCAGCGCAAAGGCAGCAAGGUUGGGGAUUUUGGCGAUGCCACAAACUGGCCCACACCUGGGGAAAUAGCUCACAAGAGCGUCCAGCAGCAGCCACACAAACCCCCACCGCUGAGGAAACCACCGCUGAAGAAAGACAUGAAGGAGCAGGAAAAGGGGGACGGGAGUGACAGCAAGGAGAGCCUCAAGGCCAAGUCCGACGAGUCCGGAGAGGAGAAGAACGGGGAUGACGACGGCCAGAAAUCUGGGCAGAAAAAGAAAGGGAGCAAACACAAGUGGGUUCCGUUGCAAAUAGACAUGAAGUCAGAAGUGCCCAGGGACAAAACGGCCUCGCGGAACAACCGGCAGAAUGAGCAGCACCGCCACCCCUCCAACAACCGCAGCGAGGCCAAAGGCUGGCACCCAGACAACAAGCACGAGAGAAGCUGGCCGGACCAUGACGAGACCUCCAGCGUGAAGAGCGAGGGGGGCGCCGUGCGAGGAGCCUUCCGGGGUCGAGGGCGCGGCCGGGGACGUGGCCGUGGGCGCGGCCGGGGAGGCGCUCGCACCCACUUUGACUAUCAGUACGGCUACCGCAAGUUUGAUGGCUCGGACGGCUCCCGCACCCCCAAGUACACAAGCAACAUCACCUACUACUUCGAUAACGUCAGCAGCACCGAGCUGUACGGCGUGGACCAGGAGCUGCUCAAGGACUACAUCAAGCGGCAGAUAGAGUACUACUUCAGCGUGGACAAUUUGGAAAGGGAUUUCUUCCUGCGCCGGAAGAUGGACACAGACGGUUUCCUCCCCAUCACCCUGAUCGCUUCCUUCCAUCGCGUGCAGGCCCUCACGACUGACGUCGGCCUAAUCGUCAAGGCCCUGAAGGAUAGCAAGGUCGUGGAGAUUGUGGAGCAGAAAAUCCGGAGGAAGGAGCAGCCGGAGAAGUGGCCGCUGCCUGGCCCGCCUAUGGCCGACUACUCCCAGACGGACUUCUCUCAGCUCAUCAACUGCCCCGAGUUUGUCCCUCGGCAGAGCUUCCAGAAGGAGACAGAGUCGGCACCCGGCUCUCCCCGCUCGGUGACUCCUGUGCCCACCAAGACGGAGGAGGUGAGCAACCUGAAGACCCUGCCCAAGGGCCUGUCGGCCAGCCUGCCCGACCUGGAUUCGGAGACCUGGAUUGAAGUGAAGAAAAGGCCCCGGCCCUCUCCGGCCAGGCCCAAGAAGUCCGAGGAGUCCAAGUCUCCGCAGCAGACGUCUCCGGCCCAGCAGCCUCCCCAGGCCCAGCAGCCGCCCCAGCCGAAACCGAAGGACCAAGAUGAGCCCGAGGAGCUGGACUUCCUGUUCGACGAGGAGAUGGAGCAGAUGGACGGGCGGAAGAACACGUUCACCGACUGGUCGGACGAGGACUCCGACUACGAGAUCGACGACCGGGACGUCAACAAGAUCCUCAUCGUCACCCAGACACCCCCCUACCUGCGGCGCCACCCCGGCGGCGACCGCACCGGCAACCACACGUCCCGGGCCAAGAUGAGCUCCGAGUUGGCCAAGGUCAUCAACGACGGCCUCUACUACUACGAGCAGGACCUGUGGACUGAGCAGUUCGAGCCCGAGUACUCGCAGAUCAAGCAAGAAGUCGAGAACUUCAAGAAAGUGAACAUGAUCAGCAGGGAGCAGUUUGACACGCUGACUCCCGAGCCUCCCGUUGACCCCAACCAAGAGGUGCCCCCCGGGCCGCCCCGGUUCCAGCAAGUUCCCACGGACGCCCUGGCCAACAAGCUGUUCGGCGUCCCCGAGCCCUCCACCAUCGCUCGCUCUCUGCCGACCACCGUCCCCGAAUCGCCAAACUACCGCAACGCCCGGACCCCACGCACCCCGCGCACCCCUCAGCUCAAAGACCCGACACAGACUCCUCGGUUUUACCCCGUGGUGAAGGAGGGCAGGACGCUAGAUGCCAAGACGCCCCGAAAGAGGAAGACGCGGCACAGCUCGAACCCUCCCAUGGAGUGUCACGUGGGCUGGGUCAUGGACUCCCGGGAGCACCGGCCCCGCACAGCCUCCAUCAGCUCGAGUCCCUCGGAGGGCACCCCGGCCGUCGGGAGCUACGGCUGCACGCCCCAGUCAUUGCCCAAGUUCCAGCAUCCUUCCCACGAACUCCUCAAGGAGAACGGCUUCACACAACACGUCUACCACAAGUAUCGUCGGCGCUGCCUUAAUGAGAGGAAAAGACUGGGCAUUGGCCAGUCUCAGGAGAUGAACACCCUCUUCCGCUUCUGGUCCUUCUUCCUCCGGGAUCACUUCAAUAAGAAGAUGUACGAGGAGUUCAAGCAGCUGGCCGUGGAGGAUGGCAAGGAGGGCUACAGGUAUGGUUUGGAGUGCCUUUUCCGAUACUACAGCUAUGGUCUGGAGAAGAAAUUCCGGCCGGAUAUAUUCAAAGAUUUCCAGGAUGAGACGGUGAAGGAUUACGAAGCUGGGCAGCUGUACGGGCUGGAGAAAUUUUGGGCCUUCUUGAAAUAUUCCAAAGCCAAAAACCUGGACAUCGACCCCAAACUGCAAGAAUACCUCAGCAAAUUCCGGCGCCUCGAAGACUUCCGAGUGGAUCCCCCCAUGGCAGAGGAAGGCAGCCACAAGCGCUACCCGGCACCCGCAGGAGGAGAAGGCAGGAAACGGUACCCGUCUCAGUCUUCCAGCAAACCGGUGCCCGGCCAAGCCCACGCCCCGCCCACCAGGGAAGAUGCCAAAACGCUGAGCCAGCCCUCCUCCGCGACGGCCUCGGCAGAGACGCAGACACUGGGGAAGUGAAGGGGCCGAGCCGGCCUCUUCCCACCGGGGCCGGAGGGGACGGGGGUGGGGGG